AUGUCUUUUGGUCAAGGGAAUAUUAACAAUGAUGUUCAAGUGCUUUUCAUAUUUGCUCUAGGCAUUCUCGGCGUUUUGACUGGUCUCUAUGGCUUUCGAGUAGUCCUCAACAGUUCUGUCAUCAAUGGAAUCGUUCGCCAUUUUCUUCUUUGCAUUACUCUUUCCGCGACAACGAUCAAUGCUUGUCAUUUGUGUUGGGGAAUGCCGAGAGCACUUUGGUCUGAAAGCGUCAACAUUCCCCUUAUCGACAAUAUUUUCGGCUUCAUCGCUUUUGGAUUGAUCUCAGUGAUCUUAAUAUCAAAGAUUUUAUUGGGCAUUAAUCGCUUUACCGCGAUUAUCUUUGAGGGGAAAUUUUAUGGAAUCAUGGAAAAUCACAAAAAUUUCCAAUACAGUAUUUUGAUCGGCUAUUCGAUUCUGAUGAGUGCGCCGAUGGUAUUUCCCGGAUUUCGUGUGAUUUGGGUGACCGACGGGGUGAACGCGUUCUUUCUCGAAAACAGUCCAUACAGUGAUCUUUAUCUUAAUAUUUCGCAGCCUUUCGCCGGCUAUGCAACGAUCAUGAUUUGUCUCUUCCUUGACACGAUCACUUUUAUUCUUAUUUAUCGACGAAUGAAAAUUUUUAAACUCAAAAGUUUACAUCAACAACGAGCAAAUCUGAAGAAGCAAUACUUUUUGUUAACACAGGUAAAGAUGACUGGAGGUGGAGUAAAGAUGACUGGAGCGGGGGUAAAGAUGACUGGAGCGGGGGUAAAGAUGACUGGAGCUGGAGUAAAGAUGACUGGAGCGGGGGGUAAAGAUGACUGGAGCGGGGGUAAAGAUGACUGGAGCGGGGGUAAAGAUGACUGGAGCUGGAGUAAAGAUGACUGGAGCGGGGGUAAAGAUGACUGGAGCGGGGGUAAAGAUGCGCUGGAG